UGUUAGCCAGCUAGAAGGCUACAUACAUACGCUCCGUCUCGGGGUGCUCUACGUGUUGUGCGCAAUAUUCGCGCACCUCGUGGGGCUGAGAGAAACCCGCAUCACCUGAACGCGGUAAUGCGCGCGUAGGGAAGACGGUAGCCCAAAAUUUUACUCAUACCCAGGGUACAGCUUGUUUACUUGCUUCUUACUGACACGGCUAUCCGCCGUUUGGCAAAAUGGCAAACACCCACGUUGCCUACCCGGUUCUGGGUGUGUAUCUCAUUUUGGUCCUGGGAGCUGGCAUCGUUGCGGCGAUAGUCAACUUUCGCAGGCAGGCUGCGCCGCAUAGCGACAAGGUGCGCGAGCACUUCCUCGCCGGUAAAGGCUUGGGCACCUUCGUCUGGUUUUGGACCAUGAUGGCCACCCUGUUUUCGGGCUACUCAGUUUCCGGCAUUGUGAACGAGGCCUACAACCAGGGCUGGAUGGCUACCCGCUGGAUCCCCGGCGGCGUCGGCCUCUACAUCGCCUUUGCCGUCAUGGCGCCCCGCCUGCACGCCCUCUCCAAGCGCCGCGGCUACUUUACAAUUUCCCAGGUCAUCUUUGACCGCUUCUCCCGCCCCAGCAGCUCCUCCCAGUACGUCGCCCACGCGCUGGCGCUGCUGUCCUUCUUCUGCCUGCAGCUCCCCGUCUUCACCUACCUCAUCACGCAGUUCCAGUCGCUAGGCCGCGAGGUGAAGACCUUCACCAGCAACGCCAUCACCUCCACCACCGCCAUCAACGUGUCUGCAGCGGUGCUGCUGAUCUGCGACCUGCUGGGCGGCAUGCGUGCUGUUGCCUUCACGGAUGUGCUGCAGGGCAUUGUGCUGUUCUUCGGUUCCAUCAUCUUCCUCAUCAUUCAGCGCACCGAGCUGGGCGGUCUUGAGUCGGCUCAUGAUGUGUGGUCGGUGCCCAAGCUGAACCAGUCGACCCGCUACUGGGCCGUGCAGCACGUGCCCACAAAGGUCAACAUUGUCGCCUACUUUGACUUUGUGUUCAAGACCACGGUCGCGGCUACCAUGUUUCCGCACCUUACGGCUCGGCUGUUCGCCGCGCAGAACCCCCGCGUCAUCCGCAAGGGGAUGUCGCUGAUGGUGUUUACCUUUUUCGUGGUUCAGUUCUCCUCCAUGGUGACCGGCUGGGUCGCAAUCGCAGCCAUUCCCUCGCUGGCAAAGGGCCAGAGCGCCUUUGGAAAGCUGCUGCAAAUGGUUGCAGACCGUGGCGGCGGCCAGGCCUUUGCGGCCGCCAUGCUGCUCGCCUCCGCCAUCUGCGCCAUGAUGUCCACCGCGGAUUCGGCGCUGCUGGCAUUCAGCCAAAUGUGGGUCCGCGACAUCUACACCAAGUACCUGCGGCCGCGUGCGUCCCAGACGGAGCAGUUGGUGUUUGCCAAGAUCCUCUCCGUGGUGGCGCUGGUGAUCGGUGUGACGCUGGGGAACUACUCGAUCGAGCGUGGCAAGCCGGACCUGUCGGGGCUGUUCUCGCUGCAGAACGUGACGCCCAUCCACGUCACCCCCGCGGUCUGGCUGGGCCUGCACUGGCGCGGUCUGCGCGGGGAGGCGGUCCUCGUGGGCUUCCUGGCCGGUUUGGGCGUCACCAUCGGCCUGGUCUUCUCCAAGCACAACAUCCAGCUCUCCGUCGGCUCCGACAUGACCAGCACCGGCCUCUCCUCCGCCUGGCUGGGCUUUGUGGUCAACAUGGGCCUGGUUCUCAUCCUGGGCGUGCUCAUGCAGCACUACCCGCGCAUGUUUGGACUGCAGGCGCUGCCGCCGCCGCCGCCGGAGGACGAGGUGGAGGAGGUGGGCGAGGAGGAGGACGGCUGCUUCAAGAUCCCCGACGCGAACGCGGACCCAACCGUGGAGGCUGCCGUGGCUGCAGCCAAGGGAAUUGAGCCGCCCUCUGCUGCUGCCGCCCCUGAUGCCAAGUCCGCUCCUACUUCCCUCAUGAUGGCCGCCAUCACGCCCAAGUGCAUGGCAAACUUGGGCCGCUUCAUGCCUCGCCACCUGGAGAUCGGCACCCACCGUGAUCGAACCAUCAACCCCUACCUCUUUGCAUUCAUGGGCCUUGUGUUGCUCUUCACCGUCCCCUUCUACCGCGUCCCUGCCUCCUGGGAUGGCUAUGUGGGCGCGAUUGGCGCGUGGCCCUUCACUUCUCUGCUGCUGUCGGGCGUGCUGUCGGUCCUGGGCGCCAUCACCUUCACCUACCUGUGGGAGGACUACAAGCCGGUCAAGGAGCGCCUGCUGCAGCCUGCGGGCAGCCUGGCGGAGUUGGAGAUGCAGGUGGGGGCCGUGCAGCCGGCGGCUGCUGUGGCUGAGGGGGCGACGGCAGCGGCAGGGGCGGACGGGAAGGCGGCGGCGUGAUGUGCUUCGGCGGCUACGGCAUGAGUGCGAGACGUGGGGUGCCUUGUGCGUGCGGGUGAUCUUUGGAUUAUGCAUGGACGUUUUUGCACUGCCUUCGUCAUGUGCGGUAGUAAUGGCGUUGGGUCGAAGCGAAGGGAGGGCAGGACGCUGGCUGGGUUAGCCGAGCGACUGCGGCGCCGCAGAUGCGCGUGAUGGAUUGCUCAGUACGGUAACUAUGCCUUGCAUUUCUGGGAAUUGCAUAUUUCGAAGCUAUUACCCUACUAUUACACAGUUGAUGUCAGUUAUUGGCUCUUGUCAUCGAACCCGCUGUGCAAGUAAAGGGUGCAGGCGUCCCGCUAAUGGAACAUAGGGUUACCUCGUUUACCUGAAGCGUUGUGCAUGCAUCCAAUGAAGAUUAGGCGCUUUACGCUGCCAUGAGUUGACUCCUUCCGGAUGAUGAGGCAAGCUGUUCAUUGUCGGCUUUUCCGGCGUAGGCCGUGAUCCAGGGGCCUCCAACAAUGUCGGACUCGGUGAGGUUGCAUGGUGGCAGUGCGGCACUCCGUACAAGCCCUUUGUACGAAGCUAUGUGUAGCCCCAAUCUUUCACAGUUGGACCCUUGUUCCUGUUGGCUUUGAACUGACGACGUGCCCAGACAGUCUUCUGUUGUGAAUAAGCCCUUCGCUGCAAUGUGUAGUGGGACUACCUACCGGAUGGUUGCAGUGAUUGCAAUUCCCUCGUACAUUGCUCCACAUGUUGGCUCGGGGACAGUUCGUAGACACAAGCGUGUGCAUCAUGAUGCGCUUGCCCCCGUGUGCUGCUGCUGGGGUGUCCCGCACUCAGGCUGUAACAUGGAGGCACC